UGUUAAAACGAUGUCAUCGCAAGACUCGCCAGAAUCGGUGUCCAACAGCGUAUACAACCCGGACGUGGAGUCGCCGCUCCCGACCUCCGAUGACGCCACUUGGAUACUGACCUCCGCUUUUGUCAUAUUCACAAUGCAAACCGGUUUCGGACUCCUGGAGUCGGGCGCCUGUGCCAAGAAAAACGAGGUAAACAUAUUGAUGAAGAACGUGGUGGACGUGGUGUUGGGCGGACUCUUCUACUGGUGUAUUGGUUACGGUCUACAGUUUGGCAGCGAAGAGGGCCACACGGGAUGGUAUGGAGCGGGCGAUUGGUUCCUCGACCCCAGCGAAGAAGAGAUGGGUCCCAGUUAUGCCACUUUUAUAUUUCAAUUGUCUUUCUGUACGACCGCCACAACCAUAGUGUCGGGCUCUAUGGCCGAGCGGACCAAUUAUAACGCCUAUAUCUUGUUCUCGCUCUUGAAUACAAUCGUGUAUUGCGUUCCCGCGGGUUGGAUAUGGCGGCCCACCGGAUGGCUCUACAAAAUGGGUGCUCUCGACUUUGCCGGCUCUGCCUGCGUUCAUCUCAUUGGUGGUAUUAGCGCUCUGGUGGCCGCGUAUAUGCUUAAGCCUCGACUCAAACGGUACGAGAAGGGGACGGAUCCGUUGCCGAUGGGAAACCCCGUGAACGCAGUGGUCGGCACAUUCGCCCUGUGGUGGGGUUGGCUGGGCUUCAACUGCGGCUCCACUUUCGGUGUGAGUCAUCACAAAUGGCAAUUCGCUGAGAGGGCGGCCGUCACGACACUCAACGGCUCGUUCGCCGGCGGACUCAUUGCACUCAUGUAUUGCUUCAUUACGAACGGCAGGGCAGAAGUCAGUCCCGUCCUUAACGGCAUACUCGCCGGUUUGGUAGCCGUGACGAGUGGCGCCGCUUUCUUUGAGCCGUACGACUCGUUCGUCAUCGGAGCCCUCGGAUGUGUGGCCAACACAUUGAUCGCCCCAUUCCUGGACAGUCUACGAAUCGACGACCCGGUGGGCGCUGUGGCCGUUCACGCGGGUGGAGGAAUGGUGGGCAUUCUAUGCGUGGGACUGUUUGCUGUGGCCGAGCCGUUCAUCAUAGAAAACGGUGGCCUAACCCGAGGCCAGUCAGGUCUGUUUAAAGGCGGCGGUUUCCGUCUGUUGGGCGUCCAGUGUUUGGCUGCCGUGAGUGUGAGUCUGUGGAGUGGUAUCACAACGUGGAUACUGUUGGCCGCAAUCGACAAAAUGAUUCCCAUCCGGAUGUGCAUCGAGGAGGAGAUACUCGGCGCCGACAUCUGGAUCCACAACAUUAAGCACGAGUACUACGACUUCGACGCCAUCAUCGCUGAGAUGAGACGCGAGGGUCUGGAUCUCGCCGACCAUAUUGUCGUCCAGAAGAACCAGAAGACAUCGAUGGACUUCAGUCUCUUCAUUGUCGACAAGUAUUUGUCGAAACGGAAACGAAAUCAUUGGAUGAGAAAACUGGUGCACAAGAACUCCAUCGAAAACUUUGGCAAAAGUGAUGUCAAAAGUGAGGUUAAAAUUGACGUCAAAAGCGACGACCGAUUGACGGCCACCCGACGGCCCGCAGACGUCAGGACCGCUUGGAUUCCCACCGAUCGCGAGGUGAAGGACAUCAUCAACGGUGACAGGAAAUAC